AUGAUCGACCGAUUCGGCCGUCUCUACAGUCGGUGCCUCUACCAAAAUCCCGUACUUUUUCUGAUUGUACCCCUUUUCGUGACCACCGUUAUCCCGGCCGCUCUUUUGUUCUUUUGCCCGAUUCGAUUGAGCCAGAAUGCUGAAAUUGUGAGUGAUUUUUAUCGAUUUUUGUGGUGAAAAGUCACGGUUCGGAUGAUAGUAGUACAAGCCUUUUUGAAGACCUCUUUAGCACGUGCGUGAGUGCGGAAAUUGAAACCAUGUAGCGUUUUGUUGAAAAACGAUUUCCGAAAACACCAGAGAUCACCUUGAUUUUCCAAUAAAACCUAUUCGAAAUGAUCAUAAAAUGUGUACGUUUUUGGGAAUGAGAACGAACGAAAUUUAUGCGGUAAAUCGGUCGCGACCGGCGUUUUUUCGGCUUAAUCGAUUAUUGGAGGAGCAACCGAAGAAACUUUUCUGCUAAAAAUUACUUAAACACUUUUUUAUGCGAUGAACAAAUGCGCCGAAAACAUUUCCCUUUUUCUCUGCGUCUCUUCUAUUUCUCCGAACGACCUUUGAAAGUGUUCCGAAUGUUUCGGGUCAGUUAUUCCAUAGAACAGAGAAAUUAUACAAAAAAAGAAUAUACAAAUUCCUUUGCCUUCCGAUUUUUUGGCUCUCACGUUUUGCAACCGAACCAGUCGUUUCGCAACUCAUGCUCCCUUGUUUUUCAUGUAUUCUGACACUUUCUCUUCCAAAAUCAAGCACAUCUAUCACUAUUUUCGGUCCAUUUUGAUGGGUUUUUAUGCUCGGUUGCGAAAAUGAUGAGCGCCGAUAUUGUACAUACAAAAGAAGUAUUCAGAAGAAAAAAGAGGCUUUUCUUCUCCGAUUUCUAUAAAUUUCGCAAUCUUCUAGUGUGUAUUGCGCCAGCGGAAAACUUGAAAAAUGAAAAGAGAGAGAGUGAGAGAGAGAGAGAGAAAAGAAGGAAUACCGGUUGGCCAGAAGCCGUCCGAAACCAAUGUUUGUUCACGGAAUACGCAUGUACUAAACACUGGAACGCAACCGAUUAGUGUACAUUCGAAAAAGAAGGGGUUUGAGAAGUCCGAAAUAUUGUAGAAAAAGCACACUCGGCAAGCAAAUUCCAAAUUGUUUCAGGGAUUCGACACGAAGGACACGUCGCUCUCGGGUGCGAGGCUGGCGUGGGCGAGGAUGCAGGCGAGCCUGAUGUACAGUAACCGCAUCGCCUUCUCCAACCCGCGAGCCAUCGAUUCGGAAGUGCAGCAGCCGAGCGCCGAGGCGCCGAAGAGGGUCCGGCGGAGUUGGGCCGACAAUCUGCUGUCGGCCAUCAACCAGGUCGCCUGCUACGAUUCGCCCAUCCCGCUCAGUCAGUUUUUUCGGUAUCAAGAAAUGCGGAUAGCCUGACUAGGGAAUGGCCCGCACUUACCUUGGGCUUUUGGAAUGGGACCUAUAUGAUUCGAAAGAGAAUUUCACGGAGAAUCCGAAUCUGCUCUCCAAUUUUUGCUAAAGAGAAAUCUGCCUGUUUCUGCCACAUUUUCCUAGCAAGUUCAUCUUCGGCGACCUGUAUCUCAAGAACCACGCGUCCGUUGCAAAAGUGGUAAACUAGUAAGUUAACGCAAAUUAUCUCGUGAAUAAUUUUGUAGUUGAUCGUCUAUUUAAAAAAAAAUUAGUUUUCGAGUUAUGAACUGUUUUCCUAGAGCGACAAGAAAAAAGCGACGAUAACUCGAAAACUAAUUUUUUUUUAAUAGACGAUCAACUACAAAGUUAUUCCCGAGAUAAUUUGCGUUAACUUACUAGUUGGCCACUUUUGCAACGGAUUCUUGAGAUACAGGUCGCCGAAGAUGAACUUGCUCGGAAAAUGUGGCACAAACAGGCAGAUUUUCUCGGCAGCCAGUGCUCUUUAGCAAAAAUGGAGAGCAGAUUCGGAUUCUCCGUGAAAUCCUCUUUCGAAUGAUAUAGGUCCCAUUCCAAAAGCCCAAGGUAAGUGCGGGCCAUUCCCUAGUGUGCCUGUUCUGCACCUCUAUCAGAGUUGAGCGGAAUUCCGCCUUCCGCUUUCCGCCGCUUUUUUCAUUCCGCCUUCCGCCUUCCGCAAAAAACGUAAUUUUUAGUUAACUUUCUUUGAUUUUCUGCCAGAAAACUGACGUUGACGCCAAAAAUUCGAUACCAGCUUCCGCCUUCCGCCUUUUCAAAAAAUCGAUUCCGCUCAACCCUGAUCCCUAUGCAAGCCUCUGUUAGCCGCAUCAGCCGGGACGGGAAGCGCGACGAGUUCGGGUUUGCGCGAGGUUUCGUGACGCGCGCGUCACGUUUUCCACGUUUAAAGCACAUUAGACACAAACAAAAACGCUCUUUUCAGUGGAUCAUCUGUCGCAAGUGGUUCUGGAAGUGGACAACUACGAUUCUAUCUACGAUCUGAAAUUUCUCGACAAACUCUGCCAAAUGCAAUCGAACAUCUCGAAGCAGUUGGGCCGAUUCGACGCGUUCACUCCGUACCGAAACAUUUGGAGUGUGGCCAACAUGUUCGCGUGCAUUUCGCCCAAUUUGAGAGUGAAUUGCACCGAAUUGGACGAGGUAUGUGUCGCCGAGAACGCGACGAAGGGGGCUGCGGGCGCGCUCUUGUCACUCGCCCAGCCUCCUUGGGAUUUUGCGGCGCCGGUGGUUCAGUGCACAGGAAAAACGGGAACAGCGAAGAAUCACUGAAGGAUUAGACACGCUAACCACUGAGCGUGGAACAAUCGGUUACUGAACUCCCGUUUCGCCGAUUACUGAUUCCUCACUGAUUCCUCACUGUCCAGCGUUCGCUUCCCGCUCUUCCCCUCCGUUCACUGAUCCGUCGCUGAUUCCUCACUUCCCCGCGUUCGCUUCCCGCUCUUCCCGUUCACUUCGCUCAUUGUUUCCCGUUUUACUCGAGUCUUUGCCUUUUUUCACUUGGACUAAGGGGGAAGAGUAUUUCGAUGUGAUGGUUCAAAUAAAAAUUAUCGGAAAAUUGCAAUUUCUCAUGAGAACAAGUCCAAGUAGUCAAAGGACACGAAUGAUAUCGCAGUGUUUUGCCUUUGCAGUCAGCAAAAAGUCACCCAGUUGAAUUUAUAUGCAUUUUCGCUCCAAGUUAAAAAAUUUACAAACAAACUGUUCGUCGCUUUCUUCUUUACACACUUAUGGGGUUAUUCAGGCUGUGAAAAAAAAUAAUUGUUUUCCGUUUUUUUUCGUUUUUUUACGUCAAAAAAUAUAAUUCAGCGAUGUAAAAAAACGAAAAAACGGAAAACAAACAGACGCUGAAUAGCCCCAUUACAUGAAAAUUGAACAAAAUGCAAAAAAAAAAUCGACGAACAGUUCGGGUGAAGAAAUUUUAAACUUCGAAGGCAAAACUUUGCGACAGCGGAAAAUCUCAGAGUAACACAGAAAAAAAUCAUAAUUACAAAAAAGCAAGUUACCGCUUCCAACAUGAUACUUAUAAAUGCUAACAAGGGCAUAUUGUCAGGACUUGUAAAUUUUUAGAGUGUGGGCAAGACGGCAACACUAGACUAAUCCUAGAGUGAUCCCGUUUCAAGAGUGAUCCUACACUAACUUCUCAGUGAUCCCGUUUUGUUCAGUAGCUCCUCACUAAUCUUUCGCUCAUCGCGUUUCACUCAUGCUUCGCUAAUUCCUCACUGCGCUCCUCAGUAAUCGGACAGUGAUUCCUCACUGCUUAGCGUCCCCUUCAGUGACUGUUCACUAACCGAUUACUGAUUUCUGGCUAAUCAGCGUCUACUCGGUGAUCGCUCGGUAAUCCCCGAGUGUUGCCGUUUUUCCUGUGUGGUAGAAUGCUCGCCUGCCACGCGGGCGGCCCGGGUUCGAUUCCCGGCCGGCGCAACUCUUUUUGAUUUUUUACUUCUUGAAAGUGCAUUAGAACGCACACAAAUUUAUCCACAUUCUACGAGAAGGACGUUGAAAAUUUGAAUAAUCUUGCAGUCCGACAUCAAAAUCGUUCGCAAAACUAUCGAUUCCUGCUGGAAAUACCGUACUCCGAUUAUCGAGUGUCGAAAUGAAAAGUGUCAAGGACAGUGUGCCACUUGCAAAGGUACAGUACUCCUAAACCUCCUCAAAAAUCACUAAGAAACGCCGUACUUUCAGAGGUGCCGGAAGAGUGUUCCUCUCAAAUAAUGCACGAUCUGUUCUACCGUAUUCUUCCGAAAGACAAAGAAAAUGCUCCGUUUCUCGUCAACACUUUUCUGCCCGUUUUCACGUUAACCGGCUAUAUCACUCAAAAUAUUCCCAUUGAUGUGCUGCUUUACGACGAUUUGGAGGCCGCUAUCAUCGACUAUUCGGACAGGAAUCAGUUCGAGCUGAAAGGUGAGCAACUACCUACCGUAUGCCUCAAUGAUUGUUGCAAACAAUUUGAAAAAUUUGUACCAAAUUAGAUGUUUUAAUAGUUUUCAUUGAGAAGAAACGUAAAAACGAUCAAAAGAAUCAUUGCAGGACUUUUGAUGGACGUAAAACGGGACCGUCUCCUCAACGCCGCCCUCCGUGACUCGCUUUUGGCUCUUCUCGCCGCUCUUCUCGUCAUGCUCGUCAGUUGUCUACAGUACCCGAAAUUACGCGCCGCCCGUGUUUUCUUGCAGGUCGUCGCAGUGCAUUCUCAGUCACUUCUCUACGCGUUCGUCGUCAUCUCGCUAUUGGCGCUUUCUGUCGUCGGUGCGUCGGGCACAACUUUUUCGAGAUGUGCUAACAAGAAUGAGUUUGCAGGCGCUCUUGGCGUGUACAGUCUGUUCACCGACGAAUUCCCGCUCCUCAAUCUCGUCACUUUCGUUCUGCUCAUCGCAAUCGGCUCCGACGACGCUUUCCUGCUCAAAUCCAACUUUCCGUCGCAUCUGAACGAGGACACUUUUCAUACGGUAAUAGUUGUUCGCCGCAGCUGACACUGUACUGUUCUAGUUCCGAACUUGAAUGACUUCAGAGCAGGGCUGGGCAAUUGACCGGCCCGGGCUUUUCGUUGGCCGGCCCUUGUACCUGGACUUUUGAACCACUUGCAUUAUUCCGAUCGGACCCAAACUUUGCAGGCCUCUUGGGCAUGUGUUGAAGCAUAUUGAGACAAAGUUUCAGCCCGAUCGGAUUAUUUGGUCCCGAGAAAUGUGGAUCAUUGGCCGAAAUUGGCCGGAAGCCCGGGCUUUUUGAAAAAAAUCGGCCAAUGAUCUACAUAUCUCGGGACCCGACGAUCCGAUCGGGCUGAAACUUGGUUCCAAUGGCCCUCAAUCCAAGUUCAACAAUUCUGCAAAGUUUGGGUCCGAUCUGAUAAUUGCAAGUGGUUCAAAAGUCCAGGUCAAUGGUCGGCCAACGAAAAGCCCGGGCCGGCCAAUUGCCCAGCCCUGCUUCAGAGAAAAGUUUGACGAAAUCCGAAAAUCAAUUGCAGUUCCUCGGCCACACCUCGUUCACAAUGUUCCUCACGUGUUUCUCGACCGUCGUCCCGUUUUUCAUCAAUAUCACCUCGAACGUGAUCGUUUUUCGGUUAGUUACACAACUACAGUACUCCUACAGUACUCUUUCACUACAAAAACCGUUUUCUCUUCAGCUGUUUCGGUCUGUUCGCCGGAGUUACAGUAAUCUUCAAUUAUUUCAUGGUCGUCUCAUUUUUGCCCGCUUUUCUACUCAUUCAACACAGGUAACUAUAACCGCUUCAAAACGAAUCGUCUACAAUUUCACAGUUCGCGCUUCUCUUGAAUCUUUUUUUUGCAGACACUUGGACUGUUUUGCGACUCCAAAACUGCCGUUCCGUUCGGUUUUAUCGCAUUUGAUGUACGUGCUGCUGCCGAGCGUUUUGAUACAGGUAACUACAGUAAUCCAUUCCAUUUCGUGCACCUACCGUACUCCUACCGUACCUCAACUUUCAGGGUCGUUUCGUGCUCAUGUCGCUUCUGUCUAUUAUCGCAAUCGGCGGCGCGGCGAUCACCUACGACGGCCUCCAUUUGCCCGAGUACAAUCCGCUUCAACUGUUCACUUCCGACAAUUUACACGAAUGGUAACGACUACCGUAAUCCUAGAAAAAAAGUCAAAAAGUUACCAGGUACGACAAUAAUGCGGAGCGAAAUUUCGAGUUUGUCGCCAACAAAAUCGCGUUGCCGUUGACGUCUCGGCUCGUUUGGGGCGUUGAGCCCAUUUAUUCAUUGUCGACGUUUCGGGCAAAUGCCACAUCACCACUGAGGUACCUACAGUAAUCUGUAGCUGGAAAAGUGCCGAAAAAUGCAGAGUUGAUCACAUGUAUAACUGUAUAACUUUGACAAUAGUUUUGAAAGCUACAGUACUCGAACAGUAAUCCCCACAAAAUUCAUUUUCCAGAUCCGAUCCGAUUUUCUCGUUAAAAACCUCGUCCGACGUGCAUCACUUGGCGAGUUCGCUCCAGAAAGCGCGAGAAUUGCCGUUUGUGAAGCAUCCGAACAAGUUCUGGCCCGAACGAUUUCUCGAUUGGUCCGACGGAUAUCCGUGUGCCAGGGGGUACUAGUUUAUUGAUUUUCUGAAAAUGCUCAAAAACAAAAUGGAUUAGACUGUAUGCCGCGUCCAAAGUGUCGGAAAAACCGGAAAAACCGCAGAUUUUUCUGUCCAAAGUCGGUCGAAAUUUGCGUGGAAAACGGGGGUGCGCACAGCUCAAUGAAUGUAACCGUACCCCUAAAACUACGGUAUUUUUUGAAAAUUUGUUAAUUUCCUGAGGAUAUUUGAAAUUUUUUAAAUUUCUUGGGUAAAUUUUCAAAAAAUACCGUAGUUCUAGGGGUACGGUUACAUUCAUUGAGCUGUGCGCAACCCCGUUUUUCACGCAAAUUUCGACCGACUUUGGACAGAAAAAUCUGCGGUUUUUCCGGUUUUUCCGACGCUUUGGACGCGGCAGUAGAAAUAUUUGCGUUUGACUCGAGAACCCUUUGAAAAAUGAUUUAAUCGAAUGCUAAGUUCCCAACAAAACGUUAAAAUUUUCGCAUUUCCAUGUGAGCCUACAAAUGGACAAACAAUGAGCAACAAAUUGUCAGAUUCCUGUGCUGCAACAUGUCGAACCCGCUCUUCUCGGACUCUUACCUCGAUUUCUGCCUGCGCAACUCGACCUCCUUCCUCUCCACCUCCUACAACGACACUCCGAUCUUCGACAACUCGACGUUCGCGCUCGUCGGCUACACGGCAAUGUUGCCCACUUCGCUCAAGUACAACCACCGCUUCUCGCUCCUCUCCGACGCCUUCGCACAGUUGGAGAGGACGAAGCCGACGGACGGGUGGUGGGCUCCCGAGUGGUGGCUCAUGAGCACUUGGUUCGUUUUUUGCAACACAUUUCAUGUUUGAAAUUACUUUUCGCCGAUCCGAACCAAAAAUGGAUUGAAGUAGGCCCGAUGAGUUCCAUAAAUGCGACAACUUGGAGCCGGUAUUGUGGCGCACACAUCGGCCCGCGCCACGAUACCGGCCCUUUUUUGUUGUCACAUUUGUAGAACUCAUCAGGAGCUACAAUCUGACAUCAGUUUUAAUACAUAGAAGCAGUUUUCGAAAAAAUCAACUAACACUGUUGCCAUUUCAUGCAAAAAUCACAUUUUCCCCAGGUUCGACUUGCUGCAAUCGAUCGUGCAGGACUGCCUGAGCUCCGUCGUCGGCUCACUCGUUUUCGUCGCCAUUUUUGCGUUCAUUCAACUCAAAUUCCAGGUAACUUUUUGUACUGUUUCGAACGUUUGCUUUCCAAAAGUCAAAAUAAAUCCGAUCCAACCCAGUAAAAUGUCAUGAAAAUAUUGAUUAGCCGAAAAAGGCCGGCACUGUACCAGAGUUGAGCGGAAGAACACGGAAGAAUUUUUAUCUUUUUUAGAAAAUUUUUUCAUGAAAUGUGAUCAACUGACGAAAUGUAUAGCAAAGUGAACUCUGCUCAUAAAAAAAUAAUUGUAAUUUUAGCUUUUCAUACAAAAAAGUUAUUCGAGUUGUUACGUGAAAAAGGGCUAACGGAACAACUCGAAUAACUUUUUUGUAUGAAAAGCUAAAUUUACAAUUAUUUUUCGAUGAGCAGAGUUCACUUUGCUCUACAUUUCGUCAGUUGAUCACAUUUCAUGAAAAAAUUUUCUAAAAAAGAUAAAAAUUCUUCCGUGUUCUUCGUUGAGUUCUUCCGCUCAACUCUGCACUGUACACUUUUCAGUUGCACGUAGACUUUGAGGCACAUUUCGAAUAAUUUUUGAGGGAAAAAUUCAGGAAUAUUCAGAUUUCUAACCAUUAUUCGUACUUCAGGCGGUGGCGGCGGUGGUCACGAUCGCGGGCGUGAUCUUUACCUCGUCGGCGGUGGUGACGCUGCUCGGCUGGGUGCUCGGAGUGCUCGAGGCGGUCAUCCUGGUGCUGGUCGUGGGACUUUCGUUCGACUACACUCUCCACUACGGCGCCGCAUUGCCCGCUCAUGGAUGCUCGCGGCACCGCAUCCGGGAGGCCACCUCCAAGGGCGUCGGGCCCGUCACUCUCGCCGCGUUCACCAGUUUCCUGGCCGGCGCUUCCAUGCUUCCCGCUCUGACUCACGCUUUUUAUCAGGUUUGUGUCCUUUUCCAGUUGAAAACGGGGAUUUUUCUCGACUUUUUCAAGUUAUUUACUAGUGUUCAAGGCAGAUGACGUAACAAUUUCGUUUUUAUAACAGUCAGUGGCACACGGUCUCCAGAGCUUACAAUUUGCGACCUUUUCAUGAAUUUAUAUUUGUUUCCCCAGAUUUUUGUGCUGAAAAUUUCGACAAACCUCAUUUUGCGCAUUUGCGACCGUCUUCAGACGUAUAAUUAAAAUUGGUUUCGAAAUUGAUUCAAGCGCUCGAACCAGAAAAUUGAUCGAAAAAUAACUGAAAUACACGCAGUUUUGGCCAAGAAACUGCAAACGGAUAAAUGCCUCUUUCUUGCGCUUAAAAAAUCGCUUUGAAAAAGCACAAAAGAGAAAUGCAUGAUUUCUCAGGUAAUUUCCGGCAGAUUGCUGCAAAAAUCGGCAGUUUGCCGAUCAAAUCGGCGCGGGUGCCGAUUUUUGCAGCAACCCGCCGAAAAUUACCUGAUAGCCUACUUGAAAAAAGAUGAAUCGCCUGGAGAAUGAGUGUUUGCAGGUCGGCGUCUUCCUGGUGGUCAUUUCGAUCACUUCGUGGACCUUCUCCACCUUCUUCUAUCUGCCGAUGCUCUCUUUGACUCUUCCGAAGCAGUGCGGCGUGUGUCCGUAUUGCGAAAAGACCAAUUUGAUGCAUUUGGCGCCGAGGAGAUAA